AUGCUUACACAAAUAAUUGCAACCAGUCUCAUAGCCGCAGCGGCUUCGGCUUUUAACGGAGAUGCCAAUAAUAAUAUUGCAGCCUAUUGGGGACAAAAUGCCGGUGGUUCCCAACAGUCAUUAGGAGAAUAUUGUAAUUCCACAUCUGCUGAUAUUAUCAUAAUGUCAUUUAUGAAUGGAUUCCCUAACUUAGAAUUAAAUUUUGCCAAUCAAUGUAGUCUGACAUUUAGUGAUGGUCUUUUACAUUGCUCAAACAUUGGACAAGAUAUUAAGUCGUGUCAAGAACAAGGUAAAGUAGUCUUAUUAUCAUUAGGAGGUGCCGAAGGGCAAUAUGGAUUUUCGUCCGAUUCUCAAGCAGAACAAUUUGCAACCACCAUGUGGAAUAAAUUUGGAGGUGGACAAGACAACGAAAGACCAUUUGAUGACGCCGUAGUUGACGGUUUCGAUUUCGAUAUCGAGAAUAAGGAUCAAACCGGAUACGUCGCUCUAGCCAAAAAAUUACGUGGAUACUUCAAAGAAGACAGUUCUAAGAAGUAUUACUUAGCAGCAGCUCCACAAUGUCCAUACCCCGAUGAAUCUGUUGGUGACCUUUUACUGCAAGCAGAAAUUGAUUUUUGCUUUAUUCAAUUCUACAACAAUUAUUGUUCUUUAAAUGGCCAAUUUAAUUGGCAAACUUGGCGUACUUAUGCCAAAUCAACUUCACCAAAUAAGGAUAUCAAAUUAUACUUAGGUUUACCUGGUUCUCCUGCCUCUGCUGGUUCUGGCUAUGUUGGUUUAUCAGAAGUUGAAAAUGCCUUAGGUAGUAUUCAUGAAGACCCUGCAUUUGGUGGUAUUUCCGUUUGGGAUGUUUCUUCCGCACAACAGGACGGGUUCCUUGAUGGACUUAGAAACCUUUUGGGUUCAGUACCUGAAAAUUCCAAUACUCCAACUUCUAACUCGGAUGCAGAAGACGAGGUUGUUGUGAGGACCGCAGAACAAACCCUUACCCCUACUGCACUUGCCGAUCCAGAAAAAGAUGCCAAUCCAGAUCCUGUUGUGAAAGUAGUCUAUACUACAGUUACAACAACUAUCCACGUUGCACGUGCAACUGGAUUGGAAAAGAGGGAUGAAGCAAUUGUUUUACAAGGAGAAUCAUCCAACACUAAAGCCGGUGUAGUCUUAUUACUCCUAAGCUUGCUUGCUUUUGCUCUUCUUUAG